UAUACCUCGCCAUAUUGGCGAUUUGUUGGCAAAAGUGACAGAAAUCACGUUAGGAAAGUUGUAUAUAAUGGUAGAAUUAUAUCAUUCUGAUUUAUUUUGUGUGAGCUAUGUCCGAUUCAAGUAGGGGCAGAGGAGGAAUUAAUGAAGACCCACAGCCAGAGUCCAAUGGUGCAUCAAAUCAGCAAGAUAGGGAUGAUGUGAGAGAUGCAGGGGCUUACAGUCAGUCAGAAGCAUGGGAGGGGGUGGCUCAGGGAGAUAGACAGACAGGUGUGGGGGACAGGUGUGAAGGGCAAGGCUGCUCAGAGUUACCAGAAGGUUGUGGCAGCCAGUGUCUCCCUCAGGCUGAUGUAGGUGUCAGCAGUGAUACGUGUACCGAGGGGUCAGGAGGGCCUCAAGGAGAUACUUCACGGCAGAGUAAACUUUCAGUAAACAAUGCCGGAUCUCAAGGGGCGAGUGGAGACUGGUUGGACUCUCUGUUAGGUAACAGUGACAUGGAAACGUCAGGCAACUUGGCAAACAGUGCUGAAGGCAGUGUAGAUGUAAUCAUUGUUAACAGGUCAGAAGGCAAUGUGGAAGCAGUGGAUGACAACCCAGAAGGCGAUGUAAAAGCAGUGUCUGACAACCAAGAAGGCACUGAUAGGCCAGAAGGUAAUGUGGAUGGGUUCUCUGACAGCCCAGAAGGUGAUUUUGAAGCAGUCGCUGGCAGCCCAGAAGGCAAUGUGGAAGCAGUAGCUGAUAGCCCAGAAAUCAGUGUGAAUGAAGUCACUGACAGGCCUGAAGGCAAUGUGGAUGGAGUUAAUGACAGGCCAGAAAGCAGUCUGAACUGUGUAACAAAUAGCCCUGAGGACGCAAUUGAUGACAACUUACAGGCUAUAGGACCAGAGGAGACAGAAGACAGUGUCGAGGGCUUGUAUAGAGAAGGUUGUGUAGGGGUUGUGAGUAACAGUAGCUCUAAUGCUGAGUCCCUGGCUCAGUUAGGAAGUGCUGAAGCUGAAAGGACAGAAGAUGAUAUUUAUGGAGGAUUCUCGAACAUUGAGAGCGGUUCAGAUGCUCAAAGAGGUAGGGAGUGUGCAGAGGCUGACAAUGAAACCAGGAGUUGGACGCAGGAGUUAGAAUACAAUGAUUCUGCAAGGUGUAGAUUAGGGACUGAAGACUUGCCAGCAUUGAGUCCUGGUGAGGCAAACAAUACUGCAGUGGAGUCUGACAGCCAAGGUGCAGUGCAUGUAAAUCCAGAAGGAAAUGAAACUCUGUCAGAAUCUGAUCCUGAAGAAAAUGCUUGUGAUGUAAAUUUGUGCAAUGAUCGUGCUGAGGCAGAUUCCUCACAUCAGGAAUUUCACAGUGGGGACCAACCUCAGGCAUCUCAGCAUAACAGUUCUGUGAAUGAAGCUGGUGACGCUGAAGCUGAAAGUGUUGAAGCCUUGUGUGUUACUAGUCCGAAUGAGCAAGAUGAGCCUUCACUACAGGCUGAGAUGGGAGAUGUGUCACCACCACAGCCUCCCUACUGUGCUGGGGAAAGUGUGGGGCAGGACGGGGUGUUCUCUAACCUGAACAGUUCGCCCAUCAGAGGAGUGGCCUCAUCAGCAGAGGGUGGUGAUUUGAUGACUGAGACCGCAAGAAGAACCCCUCCUCCUCCGCUCGGGGACAUUUGUCACAUAUCUGGCACCCUUGAGGCUGGGGAACCUGGGGAUGAACCAGAGGACAGCGAUGUGAGCCGCCCAGACCAGCCACAACUCCAUGUAGCCUCAGAGACAGACCUCUAUGCACCUGAAUGUGACCGUGGCCAUGCCAGUGCUGUUCAACCUGUACAAAAUGCACCUGUUAUAGGGGUGGAAGAUGAGGUGGCACCUGGGGAAGGUGAAGUACAGGUAUCACAGGUGGGUGUGAACCCUCCAGAACACUCUGAUGCAGCAGUAAGUUUGCCCCCAUGUCAACAGGUUGCCUUUAACAUAAACGAUGUUGACUUGCGAGCUGAUCAGCUGUGCUCAGGAAUAUCUGGUUCAGAUUUGGGAGAAGAUUUCCUCAGGUCUGCGGAUAUGUUACAAAGCCUGACAGAAAAUAGGCCAGCUAGCUCAGAGAGAAAUGGUGAGGCUGCUGAGACGACAGAUGGAGAACGGGUGAGUGAAAACAGGGAUGAAAUGACCGACUCAUUCUUAUCUCAGCAGCAAAAUCAGGUGGCAUCUGCAGAUGCAUCUGAAAGUGACACUAACAUGCAAGAACUCCCCACGCUGCAAGCAUCUGCCAUUGAAGCUUGUGCACUGCAGGAGAGUAAACUAACAAAUGACUGUAUACCACAUUCCAGUAGAGAUGUAUAUUCCGAGCAUUCCAAUUCCAACAAUUCAUCUGUUGAAAGCUUGUCCUCAUGGAUGCAAAGUGAAGGUGAAACAGGCCAUGUUAGCAGGCAGUGUGAGUCUUUACAAGGCUCUAGUGUGUCAAGCUGUGUUAGAGAUGAGUCUGGAGAUGAUGACCUCCUGACAGAAUUGGAUGCAGAGCUGGAAUCAAACACAGCCUCUGAUGACGCAGUAGUGAAGAAUGGGGAGUCCGGUUGUGCAGAAAACGUAGUCAUUACAGGAAACACAGAGCCAGUCAAUGGCCUGAAAUCUUUGCCAGCUGUGGCCAUUUGUGAACUCUCAGAGGAGAAACUGAGACAACUCUUUGGAGAGAUGCAAAACCAACUAUCCAAGAAGGAUUCCAUAAUAACAAAGUUACAGAAUGAUAAGUCACAACAGGCUGAGAAAAUGGACUACAUUGUCCAUGAGAGGGACACAUAUCUAAAGCAGCUACAGGCCAGCAGAAGUAAACAACAGGCUGAUGAUCUAUAUCUCCCCCAGAUAAAAGAGCUGGAAUACACAAUAUCACAACAGCAGAAUGAAAUCCGUGGUCUGAAGGAUAAAAUCUGCUCCCAUGAUACAGCUGCCAAGCGAGCUGUUAUGUCGCUACAGAACGAGUUAAAGCUCCGAGUUGAUCAGGUGACAAAGAUGUAUGAAGACUGUCGUAAAGAGAAGGACUCCAUGGUGAUCAAAUAUGCACAGGCAGAGCACAAGAACAUUGACCUUCAGAGGGCCACAGAAAAAGCUGAAGGUCGACUGAAGGAAAUCUUAAGAGAGAGGGAGGUGUUUUUAACAAAAGCUCGACAGCUAAAAGCUGACUACCAGAGAACGUGUAGUGAACUUCAGACAAAGACAACUGAGUUUUCAUCUGUAUCCAAAGAACUGGAGAAACACAAGGAGUUGAUUGCAUCUGCAGAAGUUCGUAUCAAAUGGGCUCAGAAUAAGAUGAAGGCUGAACUGGAGGCACACAAGGAAACCAAGAAGGAGUUGGAGAAGUCAAAUGCUCGGAUAAAGGAGGCUAAAGAAGAGACAGAACAGAUCCGUCGUGACUGUCAAGCCAUCAUUAAAACUUACCAGGAAUCUGAAGAGAUGAAAUCCAGCACACUGGACCAAAGACUGAAGAAGAAAGAAACAGAACUUCUGUUGGAGAAACAGGAGAAGACUGACCAGGGAGAGGUUUAUCAUGCAGUUUUGAAAGAGCUGGAAACAUUAAAAGUACAGUAUAAGGAUAACUUUGAAGAACUGAAUACUUAUAAAGACAAGGUGCGUGCUCAAGAGGCUGAGAGAUUGACCAAUGAGGAAACACUGACCAAGUUCAAGGACAUCAUACAGAGCCAGAAGAAGGAGAACAGAGAACUUCAGACCAAGAUUGACAAACUCUUCUACAUUCAGAGUGAUUUUGACAGAGCUCAGGAUACAAUUAAGUCCCUUGAUGCUGAUAUCCGUGACUUAAAACUUAACAACAAGGAGCUGCAGGCUGAAAUAGAGAGCUGUCGAAAACGAGAAAGUGAUCUCCUGGAUUUAACCAAGACACUGACGGGGAAAAAUGCUCUUUUACAGUCUGAAAACACAGCACUCAAUGGAAAGGUUUUGAAACUGAGUGGUGACAACCAGAAAAAAGCUUUGGAGAUACAAGAAUUUGAAACAAGACUAAAAAGUCUGUCGGACCAUUUAGAGGAGGAAAUUAAAUCCAGGAAAGAUGAAACUGAAAAGCUAAAGGAAAGUUUACACGCAAAAACAAAAGCAAGUGAAGAUUUGGGAAGACAGGUUGAAGAGCAAAGAGAUGAGAUGAAAACAAUAAAAAGAAAACAUGCAAAUAACAUCAAGGACCUGACACGACAGCUCCAGCAGGCUCGCCGUAAACUGGAAAGCAUUGAUGCCAAGGGGGAGGGUAAGGAGUCGCUCAGUAUGGGCUCACGGACCAGUUCUAAUGGGUCGCUCAACACGGCUCAGGGAGAUGUGAAUGGGGGUCAUGCUCACCCUGCCGCUAAAGUCCCAGUAGAGGCUCCUCAACAGGAGUACCCAGUCAUAGUAGAACAGGUGGAGAUAGAUCGUCAAGUGCUCAUUGAUAGAAUAGUGAAGUUACAAAAGGCUCAUGCACGGAAAAACGAGAAGAUAGAAUUUAUGGAAGAUCACAUAAAACAGCUUGUUGGUGAAGUGAAGAAGAAGAAAAGAAUUAUACAGAAUUAUGUGCUGAGAGAAGAGUCUGGAGCUUUGUCUACAGAAAACAUGGAUCUGAACAAGACACGCUCACAGGAAGUUCAGGCUGAACUGGCUAGGAGAGGAGGAAUCAUGGCCUCUGUGUACAGCUCACACGCCUCAGACAGCCACAUGAAUCUAGAGCUGUCCCUAGAGAUCAACAAAAAAUUACAGUCAGUCCUUGAGGAUACACUGCUGAAAAAUAUCACACUUAAGGAGAACAUAGACACGUUGGGUGAGGAAAUAGCUCGCCUCUCGCAGGAGAAUCGGCGCUUACAGCUCUCCAUCCAGGGCCUGUCCUGACCUGGACUAGGCUGGCUGUCAUCACCUCUUCUGUGAGCCACACAGAUGCAUGUAUCAGAUCAGUGCAUAACUUCUGAUAUUCAUAUAACAACAAAUUUGAUUGGUUGGCUGUGAUGUCAUGUGAACCAUACCAAAUCUUACUCAAUGCUUUCAUAUUUCUAAUGUAUUCGUGUUUUGUGGGGAUGAUUGAAUUAAGUUGUGCAUUAAAUGUAAAUUUACCUACAUGUAACCGGUUAAUAUUAUAUUACAUUACUGCAUUCCAUGUGCCCCAGUGGAUGCAGUGGGGUGUGGGUUACUAUUACCAGCUAUAUAGCAGGUUUGGUAGAUGUGAACUAAGUAUUCAUCCUUAUGUGCUGCUUAAAAAUACGUUUGUAGAAACCAGUAUGCAUGUGUUUAGAAGAAAUCAGGAUUAAGACUUGUGAAGGCCUGAAAUGACACAGUGGUGCCUCACUGCUGCUGCAUUGGGCUAUUUACCUUGACCUGCACAGACUGAAACAGUAGUUCAUG